CUCAAUAUCGACAUGAACCAAGAGGCAUGCAUGAGUGAAAGAGGAGGUUGAACAAUCGAAGAUAACCAGCCAGCCACUUCGCAGUGGAGCAGAGUUCCCCUUUCACUUCAGUUCUCCACAACACACACAGUUCAGUGUUCACUCGUUUCACACGUCUCACUUUCAUAGCGAUGGUUCCUAGUAGGAAUUAAGUAAGGCCGUUAAGAUAUGAGAUGGUACUCAUAUCCAUACCCUAAUAAGGCGUAAGCGUGAACCUGAACCCUGGUUUCUGGUUGCUCGUGGCGCGCUUGUCCAUUCAACAUUCGCCAUCGCCGCAAUGAAAGUCUGACAUUGGCUUUGCGCCGUUCUAGUUCUCUCAAUGCCUGAUAGGUAAUUGCCAUAUCCAUAUCGCAUCAACACGGUGAUCAUGUCUCAUUCUUCCCCUCAACUUGUCCACAUCAAGCGGCGAAAGUCAGAACCGCACGUCGACCUGCUUUAUGUCGAACGCCCGAACAAGAAGAAGUUCACCGACCAAGGCUACUACUUCCGGCGUCUCGACCAGGAAUCAGGCAGCGCAUUUCCCCCGUCGGAUGGCAUCCUCCAGAAGGGUGUGUUCCGUCCCACUCAGCCCAGGAGUCCGGCUCCCGAUCGCCCUCCACCCGUCCGAGCAACCGCGCCAGGCGACGAAGAUCGAGACCCCUUUGCUCUCAGGGUGCGGAAACAUCAGGGCGCGGAUAAUAGGAACCGGCUCGAUGUUCCAGGUCGGCAGGAUGCCGUCCUGCCAACACACCCGAUUGCGCGGGAGCGUGUUCGGCGAUUUCAUCUUAUGAGGCAUCGGUCGCUCACACCCAGCGCUUUAAAUCCGAGUAAGAAACGGAAGUCGGAAAUUGCCACAUUCGUAGAGAAAAGCGACCCUUCUGGCCAAGCGACCCCAGACGACAACACCUGGACCUCCCCACCAGUUCCCGAAGCAACUGCAACCGAACAAAUGGCUCCGUCGCCGAAGAGGAAGAGACCCAACGUCCGAGCGCUGAGGGACCGAGUGAGGGACCAGAGUAUCAAAAACGCACCGCCGACCGAGAACCCGGAAGAACUGCGCCAGCUUGCGGAGGAGAUGUCUCGCUGGGCGCAGGAGGUGGAAACGGGGGUUGGACUAGUUUCGGAUAUCCGGCAGGAAGAGCCACAAAACAACGCAAUGCAGGUGGACAUGACUACAUCUGGCCAGCAAGAGGGGGAAUAUGUAUAUGAUACCUUUGUUCAGUAUGAGGCGACAGAUAACUUGGGUCUCUCGACGAACAACGUUGGUAUCCUUGUCAUUGAGGAGGAGGACGAAGAGUAUUGGGAAAGCUACAUGCAUCACGAGCAGGGGGAAUACGUGUAUAGCGAUGAGGAAGACGAGAACGCCGAGGAUUGGUAUGGCAACGACUAUCCCGAAGACGAAGUGGAUUCCGACGACGAGUACAACGUUGAUCCCUACAAGUAUCGCGAUCGGGGCUCGGACGAUGAGCAAUACGAUGUCGAUACAUGGAGCGACGAAGAAGGCGAGCGGAAACGGUUCGAGGCGCUUCUCAAGAACGAGAGAGCCUUCUAUGAGCAACCGCCUGCGUCGUAGAGUAAAGGUGAGGAAAUAGAUACCACUUGCCGAUUAUCAGAUCGGUAUAAAUACAGUAUACUCCGUUGCUUCAUGGGGCCGCUUUCCGCAACGUAAUGCCGCC